GGGGGCGGAGAGAGAGGUUGAUUAUAACACUCUUCUGUAGCGUUCCCUCUCUUCUCAUAAUCUCGAGUUAGUUUCUGCUUUUUUUCUAUUUAUUCUUUUUCAGGCAGCAGGUCAUUGCAUGCAGGCGGACGGAGUGGCUGAGUCCUGCGCUGUCAGAGGGGAAGACUGGAGUGGUUGUCUCUCGCUACUACUUGCUCUCUAUUUCUCUCUCUUGAAUGUGUUCUGCCUGCUACCAUCAUAAUAACAUUCCUGCAGCUCUGGAUUAUCUGCCUAAAACACAUAAUUACACUUUUACACAAACACCUGGGAAAUCUCUGGAUACCGUAAACAGAAGGAGAGAGUCUUCUGUUUCCCUUCGCGGGCGACCUCUUCUCCCCUUACGUUAGGGAGGACAACGACCAGCUGGUCGCGCACCUGCAGACCAGGUUUGGUCAGAAGGAACCACCCACGACUGUGAGAAGGAAGCAGGGUGAGAUUAGGCAGGGGAGGGAAACAUCUGCUGAGUUUGCAGAAGAGCGCCAUGAACAAGAUGAAGAACUUUAAGCGACGUUUCUCUCUGUCCGUCCCUCGCACCGAGACCAUCGAGGAAAACGAGUUCACUGAGCAAAUCAACCAGCUCAACAUCCAACACACUCAGGCACUGACUCCAGACAGCCUGACCCUACCGUCACUGCACCCUGAGGCCAGUCCCAGUCCAGUGAGCCCUGAGCCAGCCACACCCGGAGCACAGUCCCCCUCCCAGCUCCAGUACCGCAGCAAAGCACCACACCGACGCUUCUCAAUGGAAGACGUGAGUAAGCGUAUGUCUCUGCCCAUGGACAUCCGCCUUCCUCCGGAGUUCCUCAAGAAGCUGCAGAUGGAGAGAGAGAUGGAGAGUGAGAACAACUCUCCUCCCUGCAAACCCCUCAGCCGCAUGUCUCGACGGGCUUCACUGUCUGACAUUGGCUUUGGAAAGCUGGAGACGUACGUGAAACUGGGCAAACUGGGAGAGGGGACGUAUGCCACCGUUUUUAAGGGGCGGAGCAAACUGACAGAGAACCUGGUGGCGCUGAAAGAGAUUAGGCUAGAGCACGAGGAGGGAGCGCCCUGUACAGCUAUCAGAGAAGUGUCUUUACUGAAGAACCUAAAACACGCCAACAUUGUCACACUGCAUGACAUCAUACACACAGAACGCUCCCUCACUCUUGUCUUUGAGUACCUGGACAGUGAUCUGAAACAGUACCUGGACAACUGUGGAAACCUGAUGAGCAUGAACAACGUCAAGAUCUUUAUGUUCCAGUUGUUACGUGGUCUGUCCUACUGCCAUAAGAGGAAGAUCCUUCACAGAGACCUCAAACCUCAGAACCUGCUCAUCAACGACAAGGGAGAGCUCAAACUAGCUGACUUUGGUCUGGCACGGGCCAAGUCUGUCCCCACUAAGACCUACUCCAACGAGGUGGUGACUCUAUGGUACCGCCCCCCUGAAGUACUUCUGGGUACCACAGAGUACUCUACACCCAUCGACAUGUGGGGCGUGGGCUGUAUUCUAUUUGAGAUGGCGACAGGUCGUCCCAUGUUCCCCGGCUCCUCAGUGAAAGAGGAGCUGCACUUAGUCUUCAGAAUCAUUGGUACCCCAAAAGAGGACAGCUGGCCAGGUAUCUCCAAUAAUGAUGAGUUCAGAUCCUACAUGUUCCCCGAGUACAGACCUCAGCCACUCAUCAACCACGUGCCUAGGCUGGAUACUGAGGGGAUUGACAUGCUAACUGCUUUACUCCUGUAUGACACUAGGACCAGAGUCACAGCUGAAGCAUCUCUUAGACACCCCUACUUCCUCAGCCUGGGAGAGAACAUCCACAGUCUUGCAGACACCUCCUCUGUGUUUUCUCUCAGAGAAAUUAAACUGCAGAAAGACCCAGGCCACCGCAGCUCAGUGUUCCAGCCUCCAGGUCGGGGGAAGAACAGAAGGCAGAGCAUAUUCUAAAGGACGACCAGCCGAUGGAGUGCAGACAGGGCGAGAGAAACCCUCAAGGAGGAAUCGGCUUUGAAGACAAACACACUCCAAUCCCUCAUACAAACAGAAAUACAAAUGCAAACACAAACAUCCAGGUCACAUCAGUCUAACCUCAAAGGUCUUUCCUGGUUAAAUAAAGGUUCAAGUUAAAUUUACACAAACACACACAUCUAACCCUCUCCCUCCCCACAACAGAGGAUGGAUACAGACAGGGUUUCUGAGAAUAAACUAGCACUGCACCUCAAACGUCUUGAAUCUGAGGUCCCUCUAUGAGCAUUCUACUGUCAUGAUUCUGGGACUGACCAAGAAGUAUCUCCCAUUCUCCUACCCAAUCCCCUUCCUACUCAGCCCCCUGCAGACACCCAAGCUAACCAAUCACUCUGCAUGUUUCAAUGAUCUCCACUUCUCCCUUUCCCUUCCUCCUCUCCUGCUGUUCAUGUCCCCUUGUAAUAAAAGAACACAGAGUUAGCACCUUGCAACACAACCAUCAUCUGAGACCAAAACUCGAAAUCCAAACUAAAUCUGAGUGGUUGGGGAAGAGUCCAUUUACGGCAAACCUGCCUCUACAUAAACACCCCUUGAUUUCACCUAGUUGGGAUUUCAUUCAAAUCAGUAUUACAGUUUUUGAAAUGGCCUUAGUAAAAUGUGCUUGAGAUUUCUUUCUUCAAAAUAUGAUAUAAAGAAACCAAUGGGCAUUUGCUUUGCAUUAGUGAAUAACACACGUUUAGUGUUCGAAUCACUGAGUUUCCUAUUUGCACAAACCUGAAAUCACCUCUGAAGAGUGUUCCUGGACUGGCUCUAGAGUAAGAUGAAGAAGGAUUAGACAAAGACUAUUACAUAAUGAACCCGGAAUUGCAAAUGGAAACCGACUAUUCCAAUUGGUUUAUUCACUUCCAUUCACUGGAGCACAAAUUCUGAUCUCCCCCACUUCUCUCUGAAGUAUGCAGUUGUUUCCUCCCCCUGUGAAAUGGGCUUGGGAAUUCCAAUUGGCUCCCAGAGCAGAUAUAGGAUACUUCCUGAAUAAUCUGGACAUCACUGUCUAAUCUGUCUCCAUCUCAUGCUUGGACCAAACCUCUCUUCUAACAGUCUCCCCCUACCUCUCGCCUAACCUCCUCUCACCUACCUCUCUCCUAACUUAGGGUGCAUCUAGUCUUGAGGGGGUUCCUCUUCUCCUCUCAUUCAUCUAAACUGUUAUAAAAUGACAGGGUCACUGAAAAGCAAUUUGGGGUAAGCCUACUAGGAUUCAAUCUGUUUACACCUCUGUGUGUCCAGCACAUUUACAUCUGAUGAAAGAAAGGGAACAAGGAGAGGGAGCCACUAUAGACUACUCAGAUGCAGUUCUCUCUACCCCACACUUUCCUUGUCUCCUUUACUUCCUCACCACCUAACUGAAAAAACUGACAGGUAAAAGCAAUAUGGUGGACACUUAUCCAGUCCUAUCAGUGGUCAUGAAGGAAAUAAGGUAAGGAAGGGAAGCCAAAAGCAUUGGGACACACUGGGAGAGAUGGCGAUCUGUGUAUUACACUUUAAAACUUCCCCUCUGUUUAUUUUAGCAACCUCUGGGGCAAAAGUAUUAGCCUACUGUAUAUGUUUUGCUGUGGUAAAUUAAGAUAUUUUAAAUACUGUACUGUAAUGAAAAUAAAUAAUAUAUAUAUGUACCUUAAAGGCCCAAUGCAGUCAAAAAUGUGAUAAUCCUGUGUUUUAUGCAUAUUUCCACACUGAGGUUUGAGUAAUACUGUGAAAAUUAUGAUAAUGCCCUUUUAGUGUAAGAGCUGUUUGAAAACACCACCUGUUUACUGCCAGGCGGUAAAUUAGUUAAUAGUCAAAUAAGAAAGAGAGUUCCAAACCUCUCUGGCAAUAUCAGCUAGUUUUCAGUUUUCCCCUCAAUCAGACCACUCCCAUACAGUCUUAGCUUCUUAGCAAAGAGCAAUUUCUCAUUUUGCUAUCUGGUUAUUUAGAUAUUAGUUUCUUUUUGACAAUUUUAAUUGACAGCAAUCCCAGUAAGGUACUUAAUUGUAACCCAGAAAUGACUUGAUGUCUGAUAAAAACAUCUGCAUUGGACCUUUAAGAGAUGUUUUUCUUCUUUCUCAGUGAAUUUUAUGCCACAUGAUACAAGUGAUGACUACUAAUGACUGUAGAUGAUGUCUAAAUGUUUUAUAAAAGAUAAAGUAUAUUUAGAUUUUGUAUAAAAUGUGAUAUUCAAUAUUUUGCGUGAUUUAUCUACAGCACAAUUAUUAAAACCAGAAACUGAAUGUAUUGUGACUGCCAAGAAGCCAAAAGUGAUCAAAUAAUAAAUAACUGAUAAAUUAAUAAAUUAUAUCAUUCUGUAGCACAA